GAUGCUGGGAGGAGGAAGAGGAGGAGGAGGAUGACGGUAGUAGAGGCUGCAGAGAUGCUAACAGCAACGAAUCACACAUACACAAACUUACACACACAUACUGACAGCAGCUAACUGCUGACACACACACAUACACACACACACUGGGAGAGAGAGAGAGACAGGUAAUCAGAGAGAGAGAGGCAGUGAGACAGGUGGAGGCUGAGGCUGUCAUCACACACACACACACUCACACACACACACACACAAACACACACACACACACUCAGUGAGCUGCAGUGAGGCUAACUGGUUAGCAUGCUUAGGAGAAGAGGCUAGCCUACAGACACACACAUAGACACACACACACUAACACACAAAGCGAUGCAGUGUCCAAAGCUUUCUAUUGGACGGUCCGGAUGUAGUCCACCCUCUGAUCGACAGACAGGUCAUUAAGGGGCGGAGCCUGCAGGUGGAGGUGAUGUCAAAGCGAGGGGCGGGGGCACGGGGAAAGGGGGAGCGACCUGAUGCCAUGGCAACCCUUCAAGCAGCCAAUGAGGAGCUAAGAGCCAAACUGACAGAUAUCCAAAUAGAACUACAACAAGAGAAAAACAAGGUGAGCCGCCUGGAGAGAGAGAAGAGCCAGGAGUUGAAGGCGGAGCAUCACCGAGCGACCGUCGCCGUGACGGAGCUGAAGACCAAACUCCACGAGGAGAAGCAGAAGGAGCUCGCCAUAACCAGGGAGACGUUACUUCGGCAACACGAGAUGGAGCUAAUGAGAGUCAUCAAGAUCAAAGACGGCGAGAUACAACGUCUGAACGGACUCGUGCUGACGCUGAGAGACGGAUCCACCGACAAGGUGAGGAGCGCUUUACUAGCAGAGGUGGAGGAGGCGAGGCGGAGCUGGGAGGCAGAGCGCUGUCGCCUCCAGCAGGAGGGGCAGGAGCUGCGAGGAGCAAAGCGGAGUGCUGAGGAAGCUCUGACAGCUGCUCAACAGGCCAGCCAGGCCAGAGCAGCCGAGCUCCGAUCUGCUCAUCACCAACACCAGGAGGAGCUGAACCGAACCAAGAGAGACUGUGAGAGAGAGAUACGCCGACUGAUGGAUGAGAUAAAGCUGAAGGACAGAGCGGUCAGUGUUUUGGAUAAAGCCCUCGGCCUUCAGGCUGGCCACGCCCACCGCCUCCAGCUGCAGACUCAGGCUGCCGAGCAGCAAAUCGCAGUCCUGAGAGACGCCCAGAGGGCGGGGCUUACCCCUCCUGGCCAAGGCCCUAACCCCGCCCCUAACACUUCUGCUCACAUUACUCAGGAGGAUCGGGACACUCGCAGGUUUCAGCUGAAGAUCGCCGAGCUCAGUUCGGUCGUCAGGAAGUUGGAGGAUCGAAACGCUCUGCUGUCUGAAGAACGCAACGAGCUGCUGAAGCGCCUGCGGGAGGCGGAGUCCCAGUUUCUUCCUCUCCUCGAUAAAAACAAGCGCCUGAGCCGGAAGAACGAGGAGCUCGCUCUCGCUCUGCGUCGCCUCGACAACAAGCUACGCUUCGUCACCCAGGAGAACAUGGAGAUGGUAACUAUGAGGAGGCCGAGCUCUCUGAACGACCUGGAUCGCAGCCACUCCUCCAGUUACCAUGGUUACAGCCAGGACGACAGCGAGAUGGAGUUUCUGCGCUUACAAGUCCUGGAGCAGCAACACAUCAUCGAAGACCUUUCCAAGGCUCUUGAGACGGCCGGUUAUGUGAAGAAUGUUAUUGAGAGAGACAUGUUGUUGAGAUACAGACGGCAGGACUCUGUGAGGAGGAAACGAACCAUCCGAGCCUGCAGGGUCAUUGAGACGUUCUAUGGUUAUGAUGAGGAAGCCUCGAUGGACUCUGAUGGAUCGUCUCUUUCAUUUCACACUGACAGAACUCCAGAUACUGAACCGGAGGAGGUGUGUGUGCGUGAGGACGGGGAGCUCCGUUACCGCCAGCUGACUCAGGAGUAUCAGGCACUGCAGCGAGCGUACGCCCUGCUGACGGAGACGAGCGGAGGGAACUACGACCCCGAGAAGGAGAUCAAAACCAGAGAGCAGCUGCUGAGUGAAAUCAGUCGAUAUGAGUGCAGAGUUGCAGAUUUGGAGUCAGCUCUGAAACAACAAGGACUGGAUGUGAAGUGGGUGGAGGAGAAGCAGGCGCUGUAUCAGAGGAAUCAGGAGCUGGUGGAGAAGGUGCGUCAGAUGGAAGGUGAAGACCUGCGUCUGAAAAAUGACAUUCAGGAUGUCAGAGAUCAGAACGAGCUGCUGGAGUUUCGUAUUUUAGAGCUUGAGGAGAGGGAGAGACGCUCACCUGCCAUUAGCUUCAAUCAUUACCUUUUCCCAGAAGGCCUCAGUCCUCUGCAGAUCUACUGCGAGGCCGAGGGAGUCACUGAGAUUGUGAUCAGUGAGCUGAUGAAGAAGCUCGACAUUCUGGGAGAUAACGCCGUAAGUAAUCUGUCCAAUGAGGAGCAGGUGGUGGUGAUUCAUGCCAGAACUGUGCUCACUCUAGCAGAGAAGUGGUUGGAGUCCAUCGAGGUGACCAAGUCGGCUCUGCAGCAGAAGAUGUUGGACAUCGAGAGUGAGAAGGACCGCUUCAGUAAACAGAAGGGUUACCUGGACGAGGAGCUGGACUACAGGAAGCAGUCGAUGGAUCAGGCACACAAGAGGAUCCUGGAGCUGGAGGCCAUGCUGUUUGAAGCUCUGCAGCAGGAGGAGGGGCUUAAGAUGGAGGAGGGUCGCCUGUCGGAAACGCUGACGGAGGAUGAGAGGGAGGGGCUUAGGAGAGCAAUGGACCAAUGGAAACGAACGUUGAUGUUUGAGCUGAGAGAGAGAGACGCCCAGAUCCUCCGAGAGAGGAUGGACCUCCUGCAACUCAUGCAACAGAGGAACAAGGACCUGGAGGAGUUUAUUGAAGCACAGAAGCGACAGAUUAAAGAGCUGGAGGAGAAGUUUCUGUUCCUGUUUUUAUUUUUCUCUUUGGCAUUCAUCCUGUGGUCCUAACAACAGCAGAGUCCACAGGCCUCCACAGUCCAGCGGCUGAAAUCCCGGCGCUCCGGCUCCUUCAGGAUCAGACCAAAGGAUCACAGGACUUAGAAGGUUUCAGGGUUAAAAAAAACCAGCAGCAGACUGACCUAUGACCCACCUCUGGCU